ACUCAUGUUUCACAUAUCCAUCAAACAAAACACUAAUAAUCUUUGUUUCUCUUUCUCUCUCAUUGAAAACUGUGUAUUUAUUUCUGAGUGAGUGAGAGUAGGUUUGCAGCCAUUGAAGCAUAACUGACCUUACAAAUCAAGCAACCUACUCACCAUAGCCAUACUCUUUCUUUCCUCUUUUGCCCCAAACAACCAAACACACCCUUUUUUCACAUCACACAUUCCUCUUUUCCUCAUCACAAAUUCUCUCUCCCUUUUCAUCAUUUUCUUCUUCACACAAAGAAAAUAAAAAAAUGAACUUUGGAGACACCACCAACACCUUCACCCCCACAAAACAGGAAACCAGUAACAACAUUCUUUCCUACUCAUCAUGCCUACAACCUACUACUCCUAAUUCUACCCACAUCACCACGCCGCCGCCGGACAGUUACGCCGCCGCUCACCGCCGCCAACUAUACGCCAGAGAUGGGUCUCACGUGCACUGGGACCCUCACCUCACGUGCUUGCAUCUCGGUAAGAGACAUUACUUUGAGGAUGUUACUGUCGAUGAUGUUAAUAAAUAUAAUAACAAUAGUAAUAAUGUUACCACUCUGGGGAAACCACACGUGUGCCGCGUUCCUGGUGGUGGUGUUGUUAUUUCGGGGAGCCGACACGUGGGCGCUGACGAUGGUGAUAUUACACUCGGGAAUCGGCACGUGUACGGCAGUGAUGAUGGUGGUGGUUACUUUUCAGAGAGCAACGAUAAGAGAGCGCGGGGGUGUCAUGGAGGAGCUACGGGUGGGGGUGGCCGGAGCGCGAAAACGGCGGCGUUUGGGAUGGUUCCGAGGUGUCAGGUGGAGGGGUGCCACGUGGCGUUGGUGAAUGCGAAAGAGUACCAUAGGAGGCACAGAGUUUGCGAUAUGCAUUCGAAGGCACCCAAAGUUGUGGUGUUGGGUUUGGAGCAGAGAUUCUGUCAGCAGUGUAGCAGGUUUCAUGUGGUGUCAGAGUUUGACGACUCAAAGAGAAGUUGCAGGAGAAGAUUAGCAGGCCAUAAUGAGAGAAGAAGAAAAAGCUCUCACCUUUCUGUUACCAGAAGUUCUAGACAAGGGUGUGCUCUCUCUCUUCUGUCAUUUGGGAGCAGUGAUGCUGAUCUCUCUACAAGAUGCAGUGCAGCAUUGCUUGAACUGAUAGCAGAAAACCGUGCUGCUCUAAUGACAAGACAACAAGAAGAACAUGUUUAUGUUGUGGGCCACCAUGAUGAUGAUGCAGUGGAUGAAGAAGAACAAGAGUUUGUCGAGUCAAAUUAUUUUCCUCAGCACAUGUUUUUCCAGACACAAUAAUAAUGCUUGUGUUCUGAUAUAACUGCUGAGGUGACGCUCAAUCUGAUGCUGCAUUUUCCACACUGCAUGGAGAGCCUUUGUUUCUUUUGUUUCCAUGCCUAGCUGUGAAUGCUCAUUUCUCAAGUAUUUUGCUGCA